UCUCUCUAUAAAAAGAAAGCUUAUAUGUUCUUUCUAUUAUAGUACUUUCUUUUCUUGUUUUUGUUACUACAAAACCAAUCAGUCAUGGAUUCAUCACGAGUAGUUCAAAGUAAAGUGGUUGAGAACAAGGAUGAACAGAACCUUGAUUCACAACAUGUGGUGACACAUGAUGCAGAAGAGCACACUGAGCCUGAGAAGAAAUCUGUUAUGAGUAGGGUGAAGGCAAGGGCUAGGAAAAUCAAGAACAGUAUUACUGGGCAUAGUCCACAAACACCUGAUCAAACUAGUGGACAUGACAGUGAAAUUCAGCAUGCUACUGAAGAUGAUGAUGAUGAAGAUGAUGAUGGUGACUUGGAUGAGGGGAAAGAAAAUGUUCAAGAGCCACUAGGUCAUAAAGCACCAAAUUAUGGUAGUAGAGAUGUUACAAGUGCAACACCUACAACCGAUUAUGAGAAAGUUGAAAAUUUAAGAAAUUCGGUAUUUAAUUUGGAAGGUUCAAAAGAUGUAGGCGAAGAACCUCGUCGUGAUCCAUCAGUUGAAGGUGUUUCUUCAACUACUGGAAUCAAUCAAAACAUAGCAACUGACAAGGCCAAAGCAUUUGAUCUAGAAGAGAAGCCAGAUCAAUUCAAGGCCGAUUUCGAGAGGCCGGUAGUUUCGACGAAAGAUUCUCAAGAACAAGGGAGUAGAACUGAUGCAUAUGAUCUUCCCAAGUAUCAAGCCAGAGACACUGAUCCAAAUGUUGAAGUUUAUGACAGUGAAGAUGUUAAAAGUGCUACACCUAGAUUUGAAUCUGAGCAAGAUGAAAAUUUAGGAAAUUCAGGAAUUGGUUUUGAAGGUGCAAAAGUUGUAGGAGAAGAACCUCGUCACGAUUCACUGGUUAAAGGUGUUUCUUCAACAAACAUUGAGUCCGAUCAAAACACAGCCAAACCAUUUUCUGUGAGAGAUAAGCCAGAUCAAUUCAAGGCCGAUUUGGCGAGGUUGGGAUUUUCGAAAGAAGAUUUUGAUGAACAAGUAAAUAGAACUGAGGCAUCUAAUCCCAAGUAUCAAACCAAUGACACUUAUCCAAGUGAAGAUGUUAAAAAUACUACACCUCCACCUGAAUACAAGCAAGAUGAAAAUUUUGGAAAUUCAGGAGUUGGUUUUGAAGGUGCGAAAAUUAAGGGAGAAGAACCUCGUCACGAUUCACUCUUUGAAGGUUUUUCAUCAACCACCUCUGACACCAAUCAAAACAUAGCUAAACCAUUUGCUGAGGAAGAUAAGCCAGAUCAAUUCAAGACCAAUUCGGAGAGGCCUGGAUUUUCGGACGAUUUUGAAGAACAAGGAAGUAGAACUGAGGCAUAUACUCUUCCCAAGCAUCAAACCAGUGACACUUAUCCCAGUGAAGAUGUUAAAAAUGCUACACCUCCAGCUGAAUACAAGCAAGAUGAAAAUUUUGGAAAUUCUGGAGUUGGUUUUGAAGGUGCAAAAGUUAAGGGAGAAGAACCUCGUCGCGAUUCACUAUUUGAAGGUUUUUCAUCAACAACCUCUGACACCAAUCAAAACAUAGCCAAACCAUUUUCUGUGGAAGAUCAACCUGAGCAAUUCAAGGCCAAUUCGGAGAGGCCGGGAUUUUCGGAAGAUUUUGAAGAACAAGGAAGUAGAACUGAGGCAUAUAAUCUUCCCAAGCAUCAAACCAAUGACACUUAUCCAAGUGAAGAUGUUAAAAAUGCUACACUUUCAUCUGAAUACAAGCAAGAUGAAAAUUUCGGAAAUUCAGGAAUUGGUUUUGAAGGUGCAAAAGUUAAGGGAGAAGAACCUCAUCGCGAUUCACUAUUUGAAGGUGUUUCAACAACAACCGCAGAAACCAAUCAAAACAUAGCCAAACCAUUUGCUGAGGAAGAUAAACCAGAUCAAUUCAAGGCCAAUUUGGAGAGGCCUGGAUUUUCAGAAGAAUUUGAAGAACAAGGAAGAGGAAUUGAGGCACAUACUCUUCCCAAGUAUCAAACCAGUGACACUUAUCCAAGUGAAGAAGGUGAAUUAAAAGACAGUAAACCACUUGAGGAAUCUCUUGAGAGAUUGAAUGUUCAUGAUGAUGAGUCAAAACCAAAAAUCCAGCCACGUGUUGCUGACACUGAAUACCCUCCUUCUGCUGCAAGCCAUGAUCAGUUUGUGCCACACUUCUCUGAUGCAACAAAAACUAAGAAUGAAUAUCCUCAGGAAACGGUAUCGACAGAUAUCAAUAGAAACCAGGAAUUUUCGGAGAAAGAUUCUCAAGAUCAAGGAAGUAGAACUGAGGCAUAUACUAUUCCCGGUUAUCAAACCAGAGACACUGAUCCAAGUGGUGUUGGAAGUGAUGAGGUAAAAGACUUUACACCACUUGAGGAAUCUCUAGAGAGAUUGAAUGUGCAUGAUGGUGAUGAGCCAAAACCUAUCAGAGAACUAAAUAUUCAGCCAUCUGUUACUGACACUGAAUAUCCUGCUUCUGCUGGAAGCCAUGAUAUUCGUCAGCCUGUGCCGCACUUCUUUGAUGCAUCAAAAAGUCAUAAUGAGUUUUCUCAAGAAACAGUAUCCAAAGGAAUCAAUAAAAACCACGAAAACCCCUCAGAAACUGAAGAAUCUUUCAACACUGUCACCAACACUGCUGAAAAACAACCAGGUUAUGGAGAAUCAGUGGAGACACAACCAAAGCACAACAAAAGCUACGCAGAUGAAAAUGAAUUCGGUUCUGCAACAACAGCUGAUAAAACUCUCACUAGCGAAAACGAUGAAGCUCUUAAGCUCGGUGGUUAUGGAACUAGCACUGGUAGUAAUACAAAUGAUGGAACUGAAACGGACAAAGGGGCUGCUGUGAGGGACUAUUUCAAUGAGAAGUCAAGGCCUGGUGAAGAAGAUAAGGCACUUGCUGAGGUGAUUACAGAAGCUUUACAUAAAGGGAAAGACGAGCCGUUGAAAAGUGAGGAUGGAAAGGUUGAUAGUGAAGUUGAGAAGCCAGAGAAAGUGUUUGGUGAAGAAAGCAAUGUGGCUAGUCCAGGAAAAGGUAUGGUUGACAGGGUUACGGGUUAUGUUGGAUCUUGGUUUGCCAAAUCUGAGGAGAAUCCAUCACCACAUGGUGCAGGAAUUGGUACUGAAGACUUAUCAAAGAAUAAGGAUUCUGUUGCAGAAGUGAAACAUGAUGGCAAAGUUGUGGAUGAAGGAAGGAUUCAGUAAUCCAAUUGAUUGAAGAACAAGUUACCAGAAUAAAUUUCCUUAUAAAUUUGUGAAGUGAUUCUGUUUAUUGUAAUCAGAUAGUUGUUCAUUGUUCUAUAUAAAGAGUUAACGUUUGUAUGAGUGUGGAAAUUACUAUAUGCUAUUUUUGCAUGGAUGUGGUUAUAAGAUGAAGUAUUUAUAUAUGA